AGACUCGAUUUGAAGCACGGCCGCAGAAGUGGAUUUGGGACGCGGCCAUCAUUAUCCCGAAACGACUUUUCCUGAAACACAGGAAAUCCAGCCUACAUGCAUAAUCCAUCAGGAACGGAGAAUCUGCAGCGACUUUAUUUAUCUGCUACAAACCGCAGGAGGAAUUAUUAAACACAACACCGCCCACACGAGGCAGUCUGCGGGUCCAGUCCGUGUCGUCCUUUAUCUGAGCUCCAGGCUGCUGCUCGAUUCUCCGCCCGCUACACAAUGGAGUCCCUCCGCCAUCAGCGCCUCCAGCCCGGGGUUAGCGGGACUCUGCGCGCCUCCCUGCGGCCUGGAGUCUCCCCGGGAUCCCGCAUGUCCCCCCAGGCUCCUCCGGGCCCUUUGCUCGGGUGUUCUGGGCCUCCGCCCCCGCUGCCGCCGCUCUCCACCCUCGGGGCCAUGGGCCUGGGCUCCAUGGACAUGUCGGGGAUGGGCUUCGGGAUCUGUAACCCGGCCAACCCCACCAACCCCGCCGUACUGAGGGAGGCCGUGGACGCGGUGGUCCGGAGCUUCGCCAAACACACUCAAGGAUACGGCAGGGUAAACGUGGUGGAGGCCCUGCAGGAGUUUUGGCAGAUGAAGCAAUCUCGUGGUGCUGACCUGAAAAAUGGAGCUCUGGUGGUGUAUGAAAUGGUUCCGUCCAAUAACCCUCCAUAUGUCUGCUACGUGAGCCUGCCCGGAGGAAGCUGCUUUGGGAGCUUUCAGUUUUGUCCGACAAAAGCUGAAGCACGGCGAAGUGCUGCCAAAAUAGCACUGAUGAACUCUGUCUUCAAUGAGCAUCCAUCCCGGCGCAUCACAGACGAAUUCAUUGAGAAAAGUGUGUGUGAGGCCCUGGCUUCCUUCAAUGGAAACAGAGAAGAAGCAGACAAUCCUAAUACAGGUAUUGGAGCAUUCCGCUUCAUGCUAGAGUCCAACAAAGGCAAAUCCAUGCUGGAGUUCCAGGAGCUGAUGACUGUUUUCCAGUUGCUGCACUGGAAUGGAAGCCUUAAAGCCAUGAGAGAGAGGCAGUGUUCUCGUCAGGAGGUGCUAGCUCAUUACUCCCACCGAGCACUAGACGACGACAUGCGGACGCAGAUGGCGGCAGACUGGGUGAGUCGAGAGCACGGCAUUUCUGGAACAAUCAGCAGAGAGCUGGCAGCCACUGAGCGUGAGCUCGAGGAUGCGAGGCUGGCUGGACGUGAACUUCGCUUCUACAAAGAAAAGAAGGACAUUCUGAUAAUGGCCUUGGGGCAGCUAGGUGGGUCAAACACCACCACACUGCCCUGCUCAUGCUGAACAAUCCACAGCAGUUCAGGCUGUGAUCAGAUUGUGAAGGACGUCAUAAUGUGGUCAGAGACAAUUUACCAAAACUCAUAAACAGUGUUAAAUUCAUAAUUUUUACACACCUAUGGAUUAUUCAUAUAUAUAAUAUCCAUCAUUGACCAAAAGUCAGAUUUACUGAUUAGUUCAACAAUUGCGAGUGCAACAAAUGCUAAAGCUUUCUGAGCAGAACACUGAAAAAGGUGCACCUAAAUUUGCUAAUUCAAAUGUGUACAUUUCCACACUAAGAAAAAUGUUGUAUUAAACAGCAACACAAUAUACUGUUUAUAACAGUAGUAUUGCUAUUCAUAAUAGUAAUAGUAAUUAAUAGUUUUACUACGGCUAAUAUUGUAAAAAAUAUAUUAAACAGUAAUAUUUACUGUUAUUGUUUAUUAGUAAUUGAUCUUUGUAAAACAUUAUGCUAGCAUAACAUGUUAUGUAAUAUAUAUUUUAUUAAUAUAGUAAGGAAAUUAUACACAUUUGAAUUAAAUUCGGUGCACAUUUUUCAGCUAAUGGAAGUGCUGUUUUAUGAAUCCCACAUCAGUAUUAUAUAUCAUUGCAGUAUUGACCUCACCACUGAUUUGAAUGUACCGUACGCACAUGCUUUAUCCAUGCGCACGUUUUUUUACAUGAGUGGAGGAGGAGAAUCAGAUUUUCUCCUUGAUUUAUGUUCCUUUUGCUGGUAACGCAGCUGUGAGAGACGCUCUUGUUCCAUGAUUUAAGCCAUUUAAGCAUCUGGGAUCAUUUAUAUCUGAACCGAGGCGAUUGUUUUUAUAUAAACACAUUUUAUUCAGAUGUACAGAUUUCCUGCCAGUUUCAACUGAAACUCCUCACAGAUUUAUUCACACAUUACAGUUACAAGGUUUCCUCUGCAGGCUUUGCCCUUUCAUGUGUUCUUUUGCAGCUCCUGUUGCUAUGCUGGACAGCUUUUACAGAACACUGGUAAACAAUCCUAUUAAACCCUACAUGAAUGACUGUAGCUCACAUCUUAGUAUACAUCAUGCAGCCUGACCUUUAGGCUGCAACUCUAAACACCAACCUAUUUUUAUACAUUUAUUUAUAAAUUUCAUGUAUUAUACGUUUAUUUACUAUUUUAUCUAGAGUCUUUAGGGUUGAAUAGGAUGUUAACCAAUGUUCUGUGAUGUUUGUCUACUAACGGUAGACUGUGAUGUUUGUCUACUAAUGGCUGCAGAAAACAAUCUGCAGGGCUUGUCAGGAUGACAGGACCAGGAUGGUGUAUGUGAAUAUUAUAUAUGACCAGGUAUGGCCUUUAUUUCUCCAAGACCACUACAUUUUUGCACUUGGUGCAUAUAUUAUGUUUUUAUUUUUUAUUUUUAUUUUCUUCAGCUAUUGCUUUUAGUACAAAUCCAUAUAAAAAAGGAACACAUUCCUAUGCAGAGAGACCUCAGUAUUGCUUGAUAAUUAUUACAACUUAUUAAACCAGAGCUGGUUAAAUUCUAAAAUAUAAUUAAUUGACUUCAGGUCUUCAACUGGAAAAGAAAUUUGAAUAGUGAGGAGGCUUGAAAUAAAUAUGCAGAUUAGAAGCUAAAUUAUAUUAUAAUUGUUUUUUUUUAAUAACGACAUAAUUCUGUUUUAAGGAUGGCCUUUAUGGCUUGUUUAAUGUUCUGAAAAUGUCUAAAAUAAGACUCUAAAUGCUCUUUGUGUAUCCAUGUGUAAUUGAUAUUCAUCAAGGUGCAGCAUAGGUUUAGGGCUGGAAACACAUUAUAAGAUUCAUUUUAUUGCCGAUUUGUAUUUGUUUUUACACAGAUUUCAUUCAGUAUUACAUAAUUGAUUAUGCAAAUUCAGCUUCAUUCACAACGCCUUCUGUUUAUGGCUUAAACAUUGACACUAUUGACUGUAUACAGACUGGUUUCUGGGGGCCUUUUUUACUUUCCAGCAUCAUCUCAUUUUAUAUUUGAUCAAGUUUCUAUUUCUUCUACAGCUUUUUUUAUAUUUGAAUGCAAUUAUUCUUAUAUCUUUUUAUCUGCUUUCUGUAAUGCAGGGCUGGCCCAAACAGUGUUUUACAUUCAUAACACAUUCACAUAUUCACAUUUAAUAAUUAGCAGUUCAGUACAGCUGUUAAAAAUAUAUUCAGUGAAUGAGACGAUUUAUUGAGAGUGUGUUUUUUUGAGAGUGCAAAUGAACUGAAAUCAGCUGUGAGCAAAUUUAGAAUGUGAGUGCUUAUCUUGAAAUGCAGGCCAAAUGUUAUGUGUAAGAAAUGCAGUCUGCUGAGUUAACUGUACUUCAAAAUCAAACCUGUUGUGCCUCUUUGGUAACGAGCCUCUUUAUUUCACAUUCUGGACUGGACAUUUUUCUUAUCAUCUUGUCUUGUAUAUAAAACAUCCACAAAAGAGCAUCUCUGUUCUCUAUGAGCUUUAAUGGCCACAUUGUUAGGAUAAAAGGCGCUCUGAAUUGAGGUGAUGGGGUCACCUGGUACGAAUUCCUCAGGCAUUAAACAUAAAAAAUACUAAAACACUUAAAUAGUAAAACAAUGCCCAUGUAACAAACAAGUGCUCAAGUAUUUUUGUAGUUGAUAGGGCCAGCCCUAGCCCAGUAUUGGGUUCUUUUUUUUAUGCAGUCUGACUUUUGUUACCUGUAGCCCUGUCUGGAAAUCGAAAUUGAAGUUUUGGGUUUGUCAGUUCAUAAAAAAUGUUACAAAAGAAAGCUGUCUUUACAAAGACAGUAUGGAUAUUUUUCACACUGAGUGCUGUUCUGGUCAACAAAGUAGCUUUUUAGUUUUCUGUGGAUUCUGAUUUACCUCAGUGAUGAAAAACCCGCUACAUAAAAAAACAAGCUUCAUAUAAACCAUGACGACCAUGGAAAACAACAAACAAAUGUAUUUCAGUUUAUAGUUAAUUUUCCUUUAUAAGAUGUAAGACAUAUAUGUGAGCUUUGAAAAGCAGUCAUUGCGCCUACAGCUCACGAACACCUUCUCUUUAUGAAACAAAAAAAUCAUAUUGUGAGUGCAGUCAUUGACAUCUCUGAGCCUUUAUUCAUUCCAAAAAGCUGAAAUUAAAGCUGUGGUUGUGCUAACAAAAUGCAAACUAGCCACAUGCUAAACAUCAAAACAACUGAAGUAAACGUAUUUCUGUUUUCUAAGCAAAAAAUAGCAACACUGCACUCUGAGAGGUUGUUGAGAAAUCAUUCCAAAUAUAUAUGCAGUCUUGUAUUGUACAUCUAUAAGGUUGUAUAGGGUUGUUAAUGUCUGUGCCUGGUUGCAUACAACAACUUAAGUCAUUGCUCUGAAUACUUUUCAAAAUAGCUAGCUAACAAGCUAGCCCUUUGUGCCAAUAACUAAAGUGAACAAAAAAAAAACAAUAUUGUUUAAUAUUUUUGUUGACUUAAAUCUUACUUAAGACCUAAUGGUAUGCUUGUGGAACCUAUUUAAAUUUAAAGUGUCUGAGCUGGGUUGUGCUGGUUUAUGCGGUCAUACAAAGAUGGUAUGUUCCUGACUGAUGCUCAACCUACGCUGCCAAUUAGAACAAGUCAUUUAAAUACAUUAGAUUUUGCAGCACAGUCUGUUUAAUUCUAAAGGAUUAAGAGAGGCUGGGAAAUAAUUAAAUGAUGUGACUUCGGUCAAUAAGCCAACACGAACUCUAUGGAAGCUCAGGGGAGAAGAAAAAUGUAGAAUAUAGCCUCUUAAUUAUUCUGUAAGGGUUUUCUUAAGGAAGCUUUACUUAGAUGUUUUAUGUGACCAGGCUCUGUGUUUGUUUAUCUGGUGCUGUAAGAGGUCCCUUAUCAUUAAGCCUCAUUAUGUCUCUUUAUGUUGUGUGGAAAGUUGAGUAGCCAUUAAAAACAAAAGUGCAAUCUGUAAUCUCCCAAAUAUCCAAUACCUUUGUGGUGACAUUCUCUACCGUUCAGAAGUCUGGAACCUUUUUUAUCAGUAGAAUAAAAAUACCUUUAAUAAUUCUAUAAAAUGACUGGAAUGCCUCCUGAUCACCUUUCAUAUAAAUUUACAGCUCAGAUCAUCAGCAAGACCAGUAUACACCUUAGAAGAGUCCAGAAUGACGAUUAGAGCUGAAGAUGAUUCUCUAACCUAAUUGAAGUUAUAAUUACAUUAUUGCUCAGAAAGAUACUUUUGUAUAUUUUAUUUGAAUGUUCCCUAUAUUAGUUAUUAAUGUUUAUAAUUCAAAAAGUGUAUUAAUAUGAGAAGUGAUUCCAGACUUUUGGAUGGUGGUAUGAAUGUGUAAACAUGAACAAUCUUGUGAAGUUUUCUUUUAAUAUUUUUUGUAAACUGUUUAUUUUUGUGUUUUGUUUAUUGUAUUUGUAUUACUCAUGUUUUUUGUGUAAUGGAUUUAAUUUAGUCCAGACAGCUGCAGUUGGAGCUCUGCAGUGGUGUGUGUUCGGACAGGUGGAGAAGAGUAUUGUUGAAUUCAGCAGUGAAGUAGCUGCUCUGAAUGUCAUUAGUGCAUGUAAAGCCUUUUAUACAACAUUAUCUAUUCAAUUUGUAUAACAGCCAUUUUGUUUUAUAUGACAGUUUUAUGAGUGAUUUCAACUAUCCACUUUGUAGAUUUAUAUUCUUUAAUAAACUUUUUU